AUGGCCGACGUCUGCGGCAAGCAACGCGUGCCUGUUCAGACGAGUGCAGUCGUCGUCCUGACAGACAGCGCGCGCCCAGCAGUCCCUCCACCGUCACCACCUUCAGACUCGCCGACACGGACCGAGGAGCCUUGCACGCCCAUUGAGGAGUUCAGCCUCGACGAUGGCGACGGCGUGGCCGCGCAGCGCAAGGCGCGAUUGGCCAACGGAUGGCGCGUGCUGGACGCGGAAGCCGUGGCCCUGCGCAACCUAGCCACUCUGUACGACACGGACGAAGCGGCGCAGGAACACUUUAGCAACGCUGUCGAGGCCAUCGUCACAUCACGACGCAGCGGGGCCAAGCUUGUGGUGACAGGCGUCGGCAAGUCUGGCCACAUAGGGCGGAAGCUGGUGGCCACAUUCCAAAGCCUCGGCAUAGCGACUGUCUUUCUGCAUCCGACAGAGGCGCUGCACGGGGACCUGGGCUUGCUGGGCCCCAACGACACGGUCCUUCUCAUCAGCUUCUCCGGCAAGAGCCCAGAGCUGCUGCAGCUCGUGCCUUAUCUCGGCCCCUCGUUGCGUCUGGUCGCGCUGACGUCGCAUCGGCGGUCUGAGGACUGCGAGCUUCUGCGAGCCCGCCCGGACGGCUUGCUUCUGCCCGCGCCCAUCCCGGAGCCGGAGAAGGCGGCGCUGGGUGUCUCGGCGCCGACGACAUCGACGACGGUCACACUGGCGCUGGGCGACGCCCUCGCCAUGGCCGUGGCCAAGGAGCUGCACGCAGACAUUGCGACGGUCUUUGCGGCGAACCAUCCUGGAGGUGCGAUUGGCGCUGCGACGAAACAAUGA